GCGCGUUUCCCCCUUCCGGCUGCCAUGAACAAAGGCUUGCCCGUCGCCACGGGCGUCGUGCCCGACCAAGGGAUGCCCGUCGCCAUGGCCGUGCCAAUCGACACGGCACCACCCACCCACGUGAUGGCGCGUUCGGUGGAGGAGAGCGAGCUGAUGCGCUGGGUCAGCUCCUACCCGGUCUCGGGCGGCCCUCGGCCCGAUCAGUUCAAGGCCUACGGCUGGUUCGAUGGCAUGGGCUGGGCGAUGGCAUGGCCGCUGCAUCGCGCCGCGAUGCGCGGCGAGGCGGAAACCAUCAGGCAGCUCUGUGCGGCAGGCCACGACCCGAACGCCAAGAUGCAUGCGUGGUUCGACAGCGAACCCCUUGGCUGGGCGGCGUCGCUCGGGCACCUAUCUGCCGUCAUCGCCCUCAUCCAGUGCGGCGCAGAUCCGCUCCGGCCGCCAAACAUGUCGGGCUUCAGGCCGCUCACCGACGCGUACCGCGAGCGGCACUUUCACGUGGCGACCUUCCUCAACGAGUACCAGCGGCACGCGCGCGGCACGACUGCGAUCGACGCCUCCCGCCUCUUUGACAAGAGCGCGCACGCCAACGGCGGGCCGCGCCCCGACCAGGCGCCCGCUCUUCCCUGCUGCUCCGUGCUCUGCCUGCCCUGCUUCGCGAUCUGCCCGACGAGCUGCUGCGCGAUGUGGGGCUGCGCGCCGCUCGUCGACUGCCUCACCUCGCUGCCGUGCAAGCACAUCCCCUGCACGCCCUGCGACCCGAACGCGCGGAACCCGCUCUGGUUCUGCGCGCAGCCGGCCGGCUGGGCGGCGUCCUUCGGGCAGCUGCACACCGUGAUGGCGCUGGUCAAGAACGGUGCCGACCCUGCGGAGCUGAACCUGGCCGGCAACAACGCGUACUCCGACGCCGGCCGCGAGAGGCACGAGCAUGUGAUCGAGUGGUUGGUCGCGUGGGAGGCGGCCGGCAAGCCGCGCGGCCGCUGAUCGGAGACCCGGACGCGGCAGAGUGUGCAGAGCACCGCAAAGAAAAAAGUUACGACGUGUCGGGGGCCAAAGUCGUAUGUUCUGUCUUGCGUUUUUGGCUAAAUGAAAGAAACAAC